UUUCUUCUUCACCAUCGCCAUAAGUCUGCAGACAAAAUGGUCACUCCAGUAAAUAAGCGAAAAAUUGUUAAGAAAAGGACGAAAAGAUUCAUUCGUCAUCAAUCUGAUCGAUAUGUUAAAGUCAAACCGAGCUGGAGAAAGCCGAAAGGUAUCGAUAAUCGUGUCAGGCGACGCUUUAAAGGUCAAUACUUGAUGCCUAGCAUUGGCUAUGGUAGUAACGCCAAAACUAGACACCAAAUGCCAGACGGAUUUAAAAAAUUUGUCAUACACAACGUCGAGGAAUUAGAAGUAUUGCUAAUGGCGAAUCGAAGUUACGCAGCUGAAAUCGCUCAUAACAUUUCAAGUCGUAAACGUCAGAAGAUUGUCCAACGAGCAGACGAGUUAUCUAUCAAGAUAACUAAUCGCGAAGCAAGGUUACAGAGUCAAGAGGCUGAAGCAUAAAAAGGAUGCAAGCUUCGUUUCUUUCCACUGUAAUUGUAUUUUAUGGAUGAACUGCAAAAUAUUAAAAAGCCAUUUUUGUGAAU